UUAUGCGUGGGGCGGAAACAAACAUCACUAGCACGUUCGCAGAAUUGCGUGUUCAUGUGCGACCCCACGAGUUGCUAUGAGUGACACUGUCGGGAUAUCGUGUCGAUCUUUGUCUCAUUCCGUAUCUAUCAUCUCGCGCCCAUUACCGAGGGUGGAGUGUAAACAUCUCUAAAGAGAGGAAGUGGGAUGUAAAACGCUCGUUAUAUGGUCGCACGCGUGGGCGCCGUGACUGAUGGCACGGGAUCGGUGUCGUUGUACUGGAUGACGCGUCAAGGGUGUGCGAUCAGUAUGUGAGUGUUUCUGAGGACGGUGGUCUGUGAAAUAAGGAGCCAUCGCUUCAGAUAAUGGACUCAUCCGUGGCGCUCGCGAGGCUGGAGAUCGCGCGCCCCGUAACGACCCGCGGCGCGUGUUUACCGGAGGGCGAGCAGAGCGCGCACCUGAACGGCUGCGUGCCGCUCUCUCAUCAGGUGGCCGGGCACAAGUACGGCGUGGACAAAGUGGGUAUUUUACAACAUCCGGACGGUACUGUCUUAAAACAGUUACAGCCCCCUCCAAGAGGACCGCGAGAGAUGCAGUUUUACAGUAUGGUGUAUGCUGAUGAUUGCUGUGACCGGUGUCUCAUAGAUCUUCGAGAGCAUCUGCCAAAGUACUACGGCACGUGGUCUUCACCCGACUCUCCCACAGACCUGUACCUGAAGCUGGACGACGUGACGCGCAGGUUUAAGAAGCCGUGUAUCAUGGAUGUCAAGAUCGGCCAGAAGAGCUACGAUCCCUUCGCUUCACAGGAAAAACGAGAUCAGCAGGUUAAGAAGUAUCCACUGAUGGAGGAGAUCGGCUUUCUGCUUCUGGGAAUGAGGGUGUAUAAAAUGGGCACAGACAGCUAUGAAACAUACGACCAGCAUUAUGGAAGAGGUCUUGUAAAGGACACUGUGAGGGAAGGUUUAUCCAAGUUCUUUUACAACGGCGACGUUCUCCGCAAAGAUGCUAUCACUGCCAGCAUCCUCCGAGUCCAGAAGAUCUUGGAGUGGUUUCAAGGCCAGAGUCAGCUCAGCUUUUACGCCAGCUCUUUGCUUUUCGUGUACGAGGGCAUCUCUCCGCCCGAUCUCGUCUCACGGGGCCCACGAGAGAGCCACCUCACGCCCAAGGCGUGCGAGCAGAACAACAACAUCUCUCAGAGCCUCUCCACAAUGAUCUCUUUGCACAAGAAAGCCUGCUACCAAGCCAAACAGGAUAACGGCGUAUGGACCUCCGCGCCGCAGCCCAACGGCAACCACGGCCUACUAAGCGUAAAAAAGGAAGGGGAGGAGCUAAAGAGUCAUGCGGGACAGGAGACGAGUGGAGAUGUGGAGGUAAAGAUGAUUGACUUUGCACAUGUAUUCCAAAGUGACGUCCACGACCACGGUUACAUCUACGGGCUAAAAAACCUUUUGAAAGUCUUACAGCAGAUUCUAGAUGAGUGAAUGGACUCUUAUAUGGAGAGCUUGUGGUUGGAGGUAUGAAUUAUUUCGUAACUUCGGAUAACCCCUCCUCUAAUCUGCACUACCUACACUAUUAGUUGAGUAACAUGUUCGUAAUCCCUCGUCUAAUAUAUGUGCUUUAGUGUUUUGUUAUGAAAUCUUACUCAGGUAAAUGAAUCCAUUAAUGCUCCCGGUCAUUCAUGAAACGGAAGUUUCAGAUAUCACGUACGAGUUCCUAUUUCUGUCCAGUUUUAUAAUCGCCUUUUUUAUCCAACCAGAUUAAAAAAUAGGAAUUUCAUGCAAUGAUGAAUGAAGAUUAAGGUAAAAAUACUCAGUGUUUAUUUUUCCCUAGAUGCUGCCAAAAUGAGCCGCCUGUUCUUUCAGACCAGUUUUCAGAUCAGUUUUAUCGUUUUUUUUUUUUUAACGGCUCGUUUCAAAAGAAUUAAAUCUUUGUACGAAUAUUCAUGGUUUGUGAUAAUUGAUGCAAUAUGAUUGAAAUUAUUCUUAUAUGAAAAUUUGAGACUCUUAAAGUAAAUCUACAUUGCCAACGUUUCUAUCAACAGAGAAUGAGAAGAUUAUUUUAAGGAAUGGUCAUUAUUUUAUUUUUCUGUGGGAGCAAAAGUAAAUGUCUUUGUGUAGCUCAAUGACAGUUCAUAUGGACGUCUGGCUCUGUUUUCAUCCAGAAUUGAAACACUUUUUUUUGGUUUCUACACCCACAUUCACCCAAUGCUUAAUCGCUUUGCUUCACUUUGGUUCAGUGUUGAUAUUUUUCAUCAAUUGUUGUUGUAUAAAGAGCUAUGUGAAUAUUUCCACAGAGGUAAAACAGGUUUGACACAACAGAAAGUAAAUGAACUGGGAAAAGUUUCUUGUUCAGAUCUAUGUCAUUGAUACAUUGACUAUGUUAAUUUCCAGGUAUUUAAUUUUUGAUUUUAAAACAUUCAUUUGGUGAGUGCAUAGGACAAAGGAGUAGCUACCACAAAUUUGAAUUUCAUAAUAAAAAGCCAUAUUAUAUGACAUAAGAAAUAUUACUCUUUAAACUUUUUUAAUCAGAAAUGGAUUGUUUUGCUUUUUGUGUCCAAUUUUUUUUUUUUAAGUAUAGUAUGUCAAUUUUAGCUUAUUUUUUGAUUUGUCAGUAGCCAUUUAACAUCAUGUGUGAUUGUUUAAUAGUAAUAGAGGAUUUUUGAUUUAACCAAGGUAUUUGUCAACAAUAUAGUUGAAUUUUACAAUUGUCAUUGUCGGGGAUGAAAAUGAAAAAUGAAACCUUUAAUCACAGAAAUGAAGUUGUGUAUGUAUAUUAAUCAGCUAGAGAUUCCUAAUUGCGAGUUUAUUUUUGUGUUAUGAUGUUCCUACAGAAUUCCUUAUAGCCUGGUAAUCAGGAAUGACUGGAAAAAUCAUGCACAACUAGUGCAUAGUUGUGGGAACCCUGACUAUCUUUUGUAAAUUCUCAGGCAUUUAUUAUAAAUAUAAAUGAUCUUAUAAACAUGAAAUAUGCUUACACGUAUAACAAUCAUCAGUACUGUUGUGUUAAAUCUGUAAAAUCUAUAUUUUUAAUUUUCAUGUAUUUCGGUUGUUUUAUUAUCCCAGUUGUGAUCAAUGUUGACAGACCACCUAUUAGCGACAAGUGUACGAAAUACAAUAUAACAUUCAUGUUAAAAUGGCACAAAACUGUGAAAACUUGCUUUCUGUUUGCAUCCAUAAAGACAAAAUUUCAUGUAUAAGCUCCAAAGUGAAAUGAAAAUAUGUUCAAAUUGCCUUUGUGCCUAUAAAAGAAUAGUGUUAGUCUGCGUUUCGUCUAGGAUAUCGUUGUAAACCUCGCAAAAUGCACAAGCUGCAAACAGGCUCUGGGGUACUAUAGUAAAUUUGCUUAUACUUAUAGUCAAUGACCAGAUGCAUCUUGUUUACAUUCUACUUAUAUGGUUGCCUGGAAAAAGACACACACACACACACACAAUAAUAUAUAUAUUAGUUGUAACUGUUAUAUCUUUUUCAUCUUUAUUUAUGCACUGAAAAUAAGUGGAAAUACUUUGAGAUGUGUACAUUUCUGCUAUUACUUUCUAAAAUGUAUUUCUCAUUGUAUGAUUUAAUUGUUUUGCAAUACGGCAUUAUGGCACUCGAUUGAUAACUACUGUGUGUUAGUGUGUAAAGCACUGUUGUGAAUCUGUGUCAGGACUGGAGUUUUUACCCAUUGAUCACUUUUACUUAAACUCUUUCAUGUUCUCAACAGAUGAAGUGUGAGCGCUCCAUUACAUCUUUGUACACUGACUAGAUCUUGUAGAAUGCCAGGAAAUGUUUCGUGGCGUUCCCUUUCUCACGUCUGAGGUCUGUUAAAGGUGAAUGUCGGUCUCCUUAGUGUCUGUAUCCUUGCUGUUUAAUAUACUGAAAUAUACAAGCCUAGUUCAGUGCUGUCUCCAAUAUAUACCCGGUUUUAAAACUUGUUUUUUUGUCACGAGCUGAGCUUAAAGAUUGAACACAAAAAGACAGAAUUCAGUAAUUACCGUUUAAAUUACAUACAGGUUUUAUAAAAUAAAUAAUAUAUUCUAAAUGUCAGUGGUUUCCUGGGCAGGUAGAUUUGCUCUUGAAUUGUGUUUUGUUUUUUUUUUUUUAAGAAAGUAUCUUCUUGGAAAUGCAAAGAUUGAAUGAUUCAGCAGAUCUAAUACUUACUGAUGUGUGUCUAUUUAACCUUAUUACUCCAAUGAAUUACCACUUUUGACUUUUACUUGGAUGAUUUGGGGUGCAUAUUUGGCAAAUUUUUAUGAAUAAAAAUCUAUAACAAUGA